UCGCUUUGUGAGAUCUUUCAACGUCUUUAGCAGUGGUGUGAUGUUGAAAACGCCAACAAACGUCCCUUGAAACAGUCUUAAAAGUACAAUCAUGUAAUAUUUAUGGAGCCGGAGUUGUGCGGUUGCUUUGGGUACCUACUGUAUAAACGAAGUGGAUUGACGCGCGCGCUAAGGCAGCCUGCAUGUGAUUUCCAGCCUCAGUCAUCUUGGCAGCACGAUGCGAGAGAGAGGCAGAGCCCGACUCGGAGAUGUGAAACUGGACCCUCUGCCAGAGAUGUCGACGGAGAGGAAUCCCUGAAACCGCCCGCUUUUUCCAGGAAAUAUGUACAAAUGUGGUUCUGUGUGCGAGUGCGGGCUGUUAUCCUUUCGGGUUUUUUUAAUUUUUAUUUCUUGCACAGAGUGAUAGUGGACCAGGAUGCCGUGUGGGCGAUGCUGCCACAAGGGAUACAUUGUGAUUUCGCAGGGAUGUUUUAGCAACCAUUGCAUAAAUUAGAAUAAGACGAGCCGUCACAAAAGGGAUUGGAGUCUAAAGGGAUCUAAUAAGACUUCACCACCUGUUACUAGAAGAUCAGCAAGCACACAUCACCAGGAGUGAAGCCUCCCUACUCGAUAGCCUCAUUCUGCUCUUCAGCGUCACCUCCUCCGGGAAUAAUCGUGAAACACCUACAACCAGCCAAGAGAGGUGACAGCGUUUGCUCUACCACCACCCCCAGUCUGACAGCCAUGAUUCGGGGAGGCCUUCUUCUACGACGGCUUGGAUCAGGGGUCAACUCACUGCUCGAUGGCUAGAUCUCACCGUACAAAGAGCUGGGGGCCUUUCUACUGAAUAUCCCUCACUGCGUAGUAGCACAUGGAUUUCAAGACUUCAAAUGAAGAGACAAAGACUGGGAUUUAUUUGAUGCAAGAAGGUAAUGAAGAGCCAUUCAAUAUUCGACUACACUUGGCCAAAGAUAUUCUGACAAUUCAAGAACAAGACGUCAUCUGCGUGUCAGGAGAGCCUUUUUAUUCAAGUGAGAGGACUGUAACGAUCAGGAGGCAGACUAUUGGAGGGUUCGGCCUGAGCAUCAAGGGUGGAGCUGAGCAUAAAAUCCCUGUUGUGAUUUCAAAAAUAUCAAAGGAACAAAAAGCUGAACUCUCCGGGCUGCUUUUCAUUGGAGACGGCAUCCUUCAGAUAAAUGGAAUAAACGUUAGAAGUUAUCGCCACGAGGAAGUGGUCCAGGUUUUAAGAAAUGCAGGUGAAGAGGUGACUCUUACCAUCUCUUUCCUGAAGAAGACUCCAGCCUUUCUGAAACUGCCCCUGUGUGAGGACUGCACUUGCAUCCCUAGUGACCAGAGUAGUGGCACUUCCUCUCCUUUGUGCGAUAGCGGCCUGCACUUGAACUACCAUCCAAACAACACGGACACGCUGUCCUGCUCGUCUUGGCCCACAUCCCCCGGGCUGCGCUGGGAGAAGAGAUGGGUGGACCUGCGCCUCAUUCCGCUUCUUCACUCGCGUCUCUCGCAGUACAUGCCAGGCUCUGACGCCUGUAGGAAGAAUGCUUUCCAGGUAAUAGCUGUGGAUGGAGUUUGCAGUGGAGUUAUACAGUUUCACGCUUCUGAAGACUGCUUGGACUGGCUUCAGGCAAUAGCAGGCAACAUUUCCGGACUCACCAAGCACAAUGUCAAGAAGAUUAACCGGAACUUCCCAGUUAACCAGCAGAUUAUCUAUAUGGGCUGGGUCGAUGAGAAGGAGCAGGACUCAGUUCAGGACCGAAUGUAUUCACCAAAGUUCCUCGCUUUGAGGGGUUCGUCACUCUUCAAGUUUUCAGCACCUCCUGUGACAACAUGGGACUGGACCAGGGCAGAGAAAAGCUUUACUGUUUAUGAGAUAAUGUGCAAGAUCUUAAAGGAUAAUGACCUUCUGGACAAGAGAAAGCACUGCUUCAGCGUCCAGACAGAGACGGGGGAGGACUUGUUCUUCAGCGUGGAACUGGAGAGCGAGCUGUUGACCUGGGAAAAGGCUUUUCAGAUGGCUACUUUCCUGGAGGUGGAGCGGAUACAGUGUAAAACAUAUGCCUGUAUCAUGGAGAGCCACCUCAUGGGACUUACAGUUGACUUCAGUAUGGGCUUUGUGUGCUUUGACGCAGCUUCAAAGGCGGUGCUGUGGAGAUACAAGUUCUCUCAGCUGAAAGGAUCGUCGGAUGAUGGAAAAAGCAAGAUCAAGUUUUUAUUCCAAAACCAAGACUCCAAAUCAAUUGAAGCGAAGGAGCUGGAGUUUUCAAACCUCUUUGCCGUGCUUCAUUGUAUUCACGCUUUCUUUGCUGCCAAAGUUGCGUGCCUGGACCCCAUGUUUGUGGAAAGCCAAGGCACUGCAACUACCACCAGGUUUCAUUCUCUUUCUAUCUCAUGUAAUUCACAGACACCUAAACUCAAAUACGCCACUUGACAGGCACCGCUUUACCCACACCCCCUCUGAUGGGAUGCUGCACUUAGCCGAGACUGUGGCCUAAAUGGGUGGACAGGAGAACUGGAAAAUGUUCAAAAUAUGACACUAUGGAGGACAGCUGCAUACCAUAGUGGAAUUAGACACCUCUCUUGGAGCUAUAUACUUGAUAUCUCAAAAGACGUUUCAGAUUCCUUGAAUAACUGUGGACCUAAGGAAGUACCUCUACUUUGAGAAACUUCCCAAAAAAGACUCUAUGGACACAAAAGGUGCCAAUCAGCAAAUGUUUUUAAGUGUAUUUGUUCUUCUCUUGAUCCUCAGACAUCCCUAUAAUCAACACAUCUCAAAGAAAAGUGAAGUUCUUGUCCCUUUUUAAGAAAUUUUAGUCAAGACUUUCAACAGAGAGUUUCAACAAAGCAGACUUUUCACCUUUUUGUGCCACAUCAAAUGUUUAAUCACUUGAACAUCCGCAAAGACUUAUCUUAUACACUGGUUAUGGUUACUAAGUGUGAGGAGGCGUUCUAUAUUUCCAGUUCAAGGUGUGUGUUCAUGAGGUGGAAUUUUUAACUACAGUCAAAUAGUAUUAAAUAAAUUAUUUUUCACUAUAUUCAAACUAAAAAGAAAUGGCAACACAACAUUUAGUAACCCGAAAGAUUGCUAGAAGCAUAGGUGGACGAUUAUACAGUGACCUCAUAUUUUUCUCUAUAUAUUCUGAACACCCAUGUCAGACUAACUCUUUGCUGUAGUACUGGACAGGAAAGCUGUAUGAAAGUGUAGUUUUGACUGUACGGAUGAGAGUGACACUUUAAUAAUCAGUUUCACCACCCAUGCAGCCACAAUCAGACAAAACCAUGCACUCCAAACAUGAUUAGAAACACCCUCAUCAUGUUUAUAGCAUUUUCUCACAAACUUGAUUAUGUAAAUAAACAGUGACAUUCAAAUGAACUCAAAGAAUGAUGAAUUAUGGCGAUUACUUGAGGGAUUACUUGUAGGGAUUAUUGCAUUUGUUAAUUUGAUGUGCACCAGAGAUGGCUAGGUAGAUAGCUCAUAACCUUCAACAUUUACUAUAUGGACCAAUUUAGAAGAAUAAAAUCAACUAUGGUGUAUCGUUUGGAAUAUUUUAUCUGUUUUGACUUCAGCUUGUAAAUAUGAAGAAUACUUUUUCAUUGACAAGGAAAAAACAAACCACGAGGAGGGAAUAGAAAUAUGUAGCGUCAUGUCCUCUAAAGGUUUGAGAUGCCCCUUUAAACUGCACUCUCUGUUAAAUAGUUUGCAUAUGCAGCAGAGUGACAACUUAACUAUCAUUUUCAAAUAGAGUUCAGGUCAAUUAGUGUAAUUAGUCAUGCUCUUACCUUCCAUUUACAUAGUAGAAUCCAAACACAAGAGGCCCAUGGGUAAGUAAACUCUAGAGGAUAGUAAAUUAAAUGGGGUCAGUAAAGUGCUUGGUACUGUGUGGGGCUUGUUGAGAUGACAUGUGUGUUUGAGAGCGACUAAUGGUGGUGCAGUCUAUGCAAAGAAAGUCUGAGGGAUGCUUUUGUGCUUCAAAAUGAUCACGAUUACAUACCCUUAUAACACAGGAUCUAAAGAGUGAGGUUUAUCUUAUUUUUAGCAGAUGUUUUAUUAACAAAUAUGCUGUGUCAUAAAUUAAUAAAUGAGACCUUUUAUAACAUGG